UAAAGGCGCGUAGACUUGGAGCAGCAAGCGUCAAUCACUCACGACCAGUUGUCGUGAAUGGACUGUGGCUAGCGUGAUUAUUAAUAGAAGUUUUGCAAAAGUUAUAUCAAGUGACCAAUAAACAUUGGAUAUUUGCGAGCGAUGGAAGUGGUAUUUACAAUCAACGGGAAAUUGUACAAAGUGAAUCCCCACUCAGUCUCUGUGGAUACCUCAUUGGGUACAUUUAUUCGUAAAAAUGCCCAACUAAGUGGAACAAAGAUGGUUUGCCGUGAAGGAGGAUGCGGUUCGUGCAUCGUUAACUUGAACGGCGAACAUCCAGUAUCUAGAGAACGACAGAGCUGGGCUGUCAAUUCGUGUCUAUUCCCAGUCUACUCCUGUCAUGGAUUGGAUAUUGUGACUGUCGAAGGAAUCGGUAAUAAGACUCAGGGUUUCCACGAUGUUCAACGCCGUCUGGCGCACUUCAACGGAACUCAAUGUGGAUUUUGUUCGCCCGGUAUGGUCAUGAAUAUGUACAGCCUUCUGGAGUCUAAACAGGGCAAAGUUACAAUGAACGAAGUAGAGAACGCCUUUGGAGGUAACCUUUGUCGCUGCACUGGCUAUCGUCCGAUUUUAGAGGCAUUCAAGUCAUUGGCUGUCGAUGCUGAACCGCGGUUGAAGGAGGCAUGCCAAGACAUCGAGGACCUGCCAAAAAUUUGCAGCAAUACGGGAAAACCAUGCCAAGGAAAAUGCAGUGCAGUUCCGAAAAAAGGCUUGCAUUUUAUAUUCGAAGACGAAAAAGAGUGGCACAAAGUGUACAAUAUUCACGACGUGUUUGCCAUAUUCGAGAAAAUAGAGAACAGACCAUACAUGCUCGUAGCUGGAAACACGGCUCAUGGAGUGUAUCGCAGGAAAUCAAAUUUAGAGGUGUUCAUAGAUGUUAGCUCAAUAGAGGAGCUCAAAUUCCACUCUUUGGGAAGUACUCUCACUCUCGGAGCAAAUACCACUUUGAGUGAACUGAUGACAAUAUUGCAGGAUGCGGCCAACAGCAAUCCUGAAUAUCUCUACUGUCAGGAACUUGUAAAACACGUUGAUCUUAUAGCCAACGUUCCAGUCAGAAACACUGGAACCAUAGCCGGUAAUCUGAGUAUGAAGAAUCAACACAAUGAAUUCCCUUCUGAUUUGUUCCUUAUCUUGGAAGCAGUCGGUGCGAAGAUAACAUUAGCUGAAGCUGGCGGUAAAAUACUCACGGUAUCACCCAAUGAAUUCUGCAACAUCGACAUGUCCAAAAAGAUUCUAUUGAGCGUCGUCUUACCGCCCCUGGACCCACAGAUUUAUGAUUUUAGAUCAUACAAAAUAAUGGCAAGGGCGCAAAGUGUACAUGCCUACGUCAACGCUGCAUUUCUAUUUAAAUUUAGCCCAGGAAGAACUUCAAUCCAAUCGGCAUCAGUCUGCUAUGGAGGAAUUAAUGCAAAGUUCACUCAUGCAAAGAAUACGGAAUCAUUCCUGGCAGGAAAAAACAUCUUUUCCACUGAAAUUCUCCAAAGCUCCAUAAACGUGUUAGAUACAGAGAUCACACCAAGUCCUGAACCAUCGCGUGCAUCCCCUUCAUAUCGCAAACACCUUGCACUCUCCUUAUUCUAUCGAGCAGUUCUCAGCAUCGCUGAAAAACAUCAGUUUCCCAUAAACUCCCGUUACGGUUCCGGAACUGAAGGAUUCCAUCGGCCACUGUCUUCGAGCAAACAAGAAUUCCAAACCAUCCGCGAAAACUGGCCCAUGACCAAAAACAUCCCCAAAAUUGAAGGUCUUUCGCAAACCUCCGGGCAAGCCAAAUACGUCGAAGAUCUUCCAACGGUUCCAGGUGAACUAUACGCCGCAUUUGUCAGCGCAACACAUCCCAGAACGAAAAUCCUCAAUAUCGAUCCUUCGCCUGCCCUAAACAUUCUAGGAGUAAAUGCGUUCUUUUCUGCCAAAGAUAUCCCAGGCCGAAAUGACUUCAUGCCCACAGAAUUGGAAAACCCAGAAAUCGAGGAAAUAUUUUGCAGUGAAUAUGUGUUGUACAACGGUCAGCCUCUUGGCAUUAUCCUAGCCGACUCCUUCGACCUAGCAUAUCAGGCGUCGAAACUAGUAAGUGUAACAUACAGUGAACCUGAUGACAAACCGAUUCUUCCCACACUCAAACACGUGCUGACAGCGAAUGCUAGUGAUCGUCUCUAUGAUCAACCAUACGAUCGGGAGGGAGAGAAGUUCAGUGAAGAAUCUACCACGAGUGGAACAGUGAAGAGCAUUGAAGGUCGAUUCGAGCUUCCCGGUCAGUUCCAUUUUUCAAUGGAACCUCAGGUAUGCAUCUGCGUUCCAACUGAAGACGGUAUGGAUGUUUACAGCUCUACGCAGUGGAUCGACAUUUGUCAGAUUGCUAUAUCGCAGGCAUUGAAUGUACCAGAAAACAGCCUAAAUUUCUACAUUCGUCGCUUGGGUGGAGCAUUCGGGUCGAAAAUAUCACGGGCUUCUCAAGUUGCGUGCGCCUGUGCAAUUGCCGCCCACUUCAGUCAAAGGCCGGUACGGCUGGUAUUGUCCGUAGAAUCGAACAUGGAUUCGAUUGGAAAGAGAGCUUCCUGCAUUAGUAAUUAUCGGGUGGAAGUGGAUGAUAACGGAAAGAUUUUGAAGCUUGUCAAUAACUACGUGGAAGACUACGGGUGUAGCCUAAAUGAGCCGGUUGAAAUGGUAACGGCUCAGUUCUACAAGAACUGCUAUGACGCUAGCCGAUGGAAGUUGGUUGGCAAGGCCGCGUUGACCAAUUCAGCUAGUAAUACAUGGUGCCGAGGGCCGGGUACCAAUGAAGGUAUUACUAUGGCCGAAAAUAUAAUGGAACAUAUUGCACAUUCUCUGGGGAAGGAUCCAUUGGCGGUGAGAAUAGAAAACAUGCAUGAAGAUUGUAAAAUUAGAGAGCUGUUGCCGGAAUUUAUACGAGACGUAGAAUAUGAAAAACGUAAGCGAGAAAUUGACGAAUUCAAUGGAGCUAAUCGAUGGAAGAAACGAGGCAUCGCCAUUGUACCUAUGCAAUAUCCACAAGUGUUUUUCGGGCAGAUGCAUGCUCUGGUAUCUAUCUAUCACAUUGACGGUACUGUGUCCAUCACAACUGGAGGGAUAGACAUGGGACAAGGUGUAAAUACGAAGGUUGCUCAAGUUGCGUCAAGAGUACUUGGUAUUUCUAUGGAGAAGAUCAGUAUUAAAGGGGUUAGCAAUCUUACGUCUCCUAACGCAAUUGUAUCUGGAGGGAGUAUGACCAGCGAAUCAGCAUGUUAUGCUGUCAAGAAAGCAUGCGAAAUUCUAAUGGAGCGAAUGAAACCUCUGAGAGAGAAAUUGUUGGAUAAAUCUUGGGAACAGAUAACACAAAAAUGUUACAAUGAAAAGAUUGACCUCUGUGCAAUGUAUCAAUACAAAGAAGGCGAUAUACAAAAUUACUUGGUAUGGGGGCUUACUUGUGCAGAAAUGGAAGUAGAUGUUCUAACUGGAAACGUACAAAUCAGGAGAGUUGAUAUAUUGGAAGAUACAGGUGAAAGCAUUAGUCCAGGGAUCGACAUCGGACAAAUUGAAGGAGCCUUCGUCAUGGGUAUUGGACUAUACUUUACGGAAAACCUAAUCUACAGCGGGGAAAAUGGUCAACUGCUUACCAAUAGGACAUGGAACUAUCAUUUGCCAGGGGUGAAGGAUAUUCCAGUGGACUUCCGAGUGAAGCUGAUUCACAACACAUUUAAUGAGAGCUUCGUUCUACGAUCCAAGACUACUGGCGAACCUGCAUUGAACAUGACGGUAGCUCUACUCUUCGCACUACGACGUGCCUUGAAUUCUGCACGAAAAGAUGCCGGAUUGGGUGAUGAAUGGUACACUAUGGUGACUCCAUCUACUCCAGAACAAAUUUGUUUGGCAGCUGGUAGCAAACUAGAACAGUUCGUACUGAACUAAUUUUAGUUUUAUAAUUUAUUGUGGUUACACUUCAAUAAUAAUUAGUUCAAUAAAGUUGUUCCUUCUCGUACAUAGAA